UGACGAGUCAAAAUCAGAGAGCCACUGGAGGAGAGCGGUCGCCUGCUGUACAUUUCCACAGUCUACGUCGCAGACAGGGGACACCAUGGACUGAGUUUUCUUACGCUCUCCGCAACGUUUAAAGACAGACUUCUAAUCCAAUCAAAACUGAACUCAUGGAUUGGAAAUUUCUCCAGGGUCUUCUCAGUGGAGUCAACAAGUACUCCACUGCCUUCGGACGAAUCUGGCUGUCAGUGGUCUUCGUCUUCCGAGUGUUGGUCUUCGUCGUAGCUGCCGAGCGGGUCUGGAGCGACGACCAGGGACACUUCGACUGUAACACCCGCCAGCCGGGAUGCACCAACAUCUGCUACGAUUACUUCUUCCCCAUCUCCCACAUUCGCCUCUGGGCUCUCCAGCUCAUCUUCGUCACCUGCCCUUCCUUCAUGGUGGUGCUGCACGUGUCCUACCGUGAAGAGCGGGAACGAAAGUACAAACUCAAGCACGGGGAGGACACUCGGCUGUACGAAAACCCAGGCCAAAAGCACGGCGGUCUGUGGUGGACUUACCUGAUGAGCCUCUUCAUCAAGACCACCUUCGAGGUCACUUUCCUCUACUUGCUCCACUACAUCUACGACAGCUUCAAGCUGCCCAGGAAGGUCCAGUGUGAUGUCAGUCCCUGUCCUAAUUUGGUGGACUGCUACAUAUCCAGGCCUACUGAGAAGACCAUCUUCACCUACUUUAUGGUGACGGCAUCCGUCGUGUGUGUGGUGCUCAACAUCUGUGAGAUUUUCUAUCUGGUCGCUUUCCGGGUCGUGAGCCUCAAACAAAGAGGCAGCGCCCAGACCUCGUCUUUAAAGGUCCGCCAUAACAUGAGCUGAGAUAACUGCAAGCCGUAGCUGGAAACACAGUAUAUGGAAUCAAUAUUUGUA